GUUCAAGCUAUCCUCCCACCUUGACCUCCCAAAGUGCUGGGAUUACAGAUGUGAGCCACUGUGCCAGACAAAACCAAACUAGUUGAUUUUCUAUGUACGCCUUCACCCACGUCAUCUUCAUCCAGGGGCACUGUCAUGUGUUAAUUAUAACCACACCUUGUGACCAGUAAUGUCUGCAUAAAUAUAGUCGCAAAAGACAGGAAGGCUUGGGGAGCCUUUUGUAUUUCCAUGGUGAUGUACACAAACAAAUAAAAAUGUGCUUUCCUGAAUGUGUGAUUAACACAUUCAAGAAAGCCUUGGCAGUCUAUGUUGGUCUUUCCAGAGUUUGCUUGUGGCAUUCAUGGUGGGUUCAUUAGGGUGACACAGGAAUGCCAAAGCAAACUGACUUCAUUUAAUACAGAAGAGAGCUGUAGCUACAUAUUGAGAACUUGCCCUUCCUGUUUUAUUGCUGGGGAGAAAAAUUAUAUACUUACUGUUGUUCCUCUAAUAAAUAUUUCAGACCCAUUUAUGAAUCAUUAGUGCAGAUGCAAUCCCCUUUGAAUGUCACGAGGUGAAGUAAAGAAAAAAUAAAAUACAUUUUAAGUUCUGAAUCUUUCUGUGCUACAUUACCCGAAUCCUCGUCUAUCCACACAAUAGAUUAACUACCCUCUGUGCAUACUAUAUUUUGCUCAGCCCUUAAUAUUCUGAAGCUGAACUGAAGCAGUCGUUAUCUGUGGCGGUUCCUGGGUGGUUUUCAAGCCCAGCACUACCCACCCAAGUGGCGGUGACACCGGCUUUCACUGAAGCCUUAUUACUCUUAAAAGAGCAAUUUGGUUGGUUGCACGGCUAUUAGGAUCACACAGGCAGCCUGAAAGCUGUCAGUACAACUGCUUCUCAUCUUCUGCACAUAAUCCUGACAUCUUUUCCCUUUUCUGCUGGACACAGACACUACUGUUUUUAUCAUUUUCAAUCAAGCUCACCCAGAACGCUGAGGAAUAUAUUCCCACUGAAAGCAAAGUGGAGAACAGAAUUAUUUUAUAGCUUCUGGAGUAGAAGCAGGGCUGACUGCGUACUGAGGAGAAGGAGCCGGAUCCGUGAGAAAUGUAGCUUGGCUCAGGGCUACAUCAGGAAGCUGCUACUUCAGCUGUUAAAGAUGGCAAAACAACACCUACCUCAGGUUUUUCAAUGAUUAAUGCUAUUUUCAUAACCAGGAGGGAAGAGGAUGUGAGGAAUUUUGUGAAAUUAGCUUGUGGAAAUGUUAUCAUCAGAGAAAGUGGAGAAAAUUACUAGGCUUGAACUUCUCUUCCUUUUGAUCCUGUUCUUCUCUGGACCAACUCUGAGCAAGCUGACCCGGACCCCCUGGAAAGGAAAACCUUGGAAGGGGGGAUCGCGUCUUCGCCAGGAAGACUUCCCCCCGCGGAUUGUGGAGCACCCUUCUGAUGUCAUCGUCUCGAAGGGAGAGCCCACGACUCUCAACUGUAAGGCGGAGGGCCGGCCAACGCCCACCAUUGAGUGGUACAAGGAUGGGGAGCGAGUGGAGACUGACAAGGACGAUCCCCGGUCCCACAGGAUGCUUCUGCCCAGCGGAUCCUUAUUCUUCUUGCGCAUCGUGCAUGGGCGCAGAAGUAAACCUGAUGAAGGAAGCUACGUUUGUGUUGCAAGGAACUAUCUUGGUGAAGCAGUGAGUCGAAAUGCAUCUCUGGAAGUGGCAUUGUUACGAGAUGACUUCCGACAAAACCCCACAGAUGUUGUAGUGGCAGCUGGAGAGCCUGCAAUCCUGGAGUGCCAGCCUCCCCGGGGACACCCAGAACCCACCAUCUACUGGAAAAAAGACAAAGUUCGAAUUGAUGACAAGGAAGAAAGAAUAAGCAUCCGUGGUGGAAAACUGAUGAUCUCCAAUACCAGGAAAAGUGAUGCAGGGAUGUAUACUUGUGUUGGUACCAACAUGGUGGGAGAAAGGGACAGUGACCCAGCAGAGCUGACUGUCUUUGAACGACCCACAUUUCUCAGGAGGCCAAUUAACCAGGUGGUACUGGAGGAAGAAGCUGUAGAAUUUCGUUGUCAAGUCCAAGGAGAUCCUCAACCAACUGUGAGGUGGAAGAAGGAUGAUGCAGACUUGCCAAGAGGAAGGUAUGACAUCAAAGAUGAUUACACACUAAGAAUUAAAAAGACCAUGAGUACAGAUGAAGGCACCUAUAUGUGCAUUGCUGAGAAUCGGGUUGGAAAAAUGGAAGCCUCUGCUACGCUCACCGUCCGAGCUCGCCCUGUUGCUCCCCCACAGUUUGUGGUUCGGCCAAGAGAUCAGAUUGUGGCUCAAGGCCGGACGGUGACAUUUCCCUGUGAAACGAAAGGAAACCCACAGCCAGCUGUUUUCUGGCAGAAAGAAGGCAGCCAGAACCUACUUUUCCCAAACCAACCCCAGCAGCCCAACAGUAGAUGCUCAGUGUCACCAACCGGAGACCUCACAAUCACCAACAUUCAACGUUCCGACGCGGGUUACUACAUCUGCCAGGCUUUAACUGUGGCAGGAAGCAUUUUAGCAAAAGCUCAGCUGGAGGUUACUGAUGUUUUGACAGAUAGACCUCCACCUAUAAUUCUACAAGGCCCAGCCAACCAAACACUGGCAGUAGAUGGCACAGCAUUACUGAAAUGUAAAGCCACUGGCGAUCCUCUUCCUGUAAUUAGCUGGUUAAAGGAGGGAUUUACUUUUCUGAGUAGAGAUCCAAGAGCAACAAUUCAAGAGCAAGGCACACUGCAGAUUAAGAAUUUGCGGAUUUCUGAUACUGGCACUUACACUUGUGUGGCUACAAGUUCAAGUGGAGAGACUUCCUGGAGUGCAGUGCUGGACGUGACAGAAUCUGGAGCAACAAUCAGUAAAAAUUAUGAUUUAAAUGACCUGCCAGGGCCACCAUCCAAACCGCAGGUCACUGACGUUACUAAGAACAGUGUCACCUUGUCCUGGCAAGCAGGUACCCCUGGAGCCCUUCCGGCAAGUGCAUAUAUCAUUGAGGCUUUCAGCCAAUCAGUGAGCAAUAGCUGGCAGACCGUGGCAAACCAUGUAAAGACCACCCUCUAUACUGUAAGAGGACUGCGGCCCAAUACAAUCUACUUAUUCAUGGUCAGAGCGAUCAACCCCCAAGGCCUCAGUGACCCAAGUCCCAUGUCAGAUCCUGUGCGCACACAAGAUAUCAGUCCACCAGCACAAGGAGUGGACCACAGGCAAGUGCAGAAAGAACUAGGAGAUGUCCUUGUCCGUCUUCAUAAUCCAGUUGUACUGACUCCCACCACUGUUCAGGUCACAUGGACGGUUGAUCGCCAACCCCAGUUUAUCCAAGGCUACCGAGUGAUGUAUCGUCAGACUUCAGGUCUGCAGGCGACAUCUUCGUGGCAGAAUUUAGAUGCCAAAGUCCCGACUGAACGAAGUGCUGUCUUAGUCAACCUGAAAAAGGGGGUGACUUAUGAAAUUAAAGUACGGCCAUAUUUUAAUGAGUUCCAAGGAAUGGAUAGUGAAUCUAAAACAGUUCGUACUACUGAAGAAGCCCCAAGCGCCCCUCCACAGUCCGUCACUGUACUGACAGUUGGAAGUUACAAUAGCACAAGUAUUAGCGUUUCCUGGGAUCCUCCUCCUCCAGAUCACCAGAAUGGAAUUCUCCAAGAAUACAAGAUCUGGUGUCUAGGAAAUGAAACACGAUUCCAUAUCAACAAAACUGUGGACGCAGCCAUUCGGUCUGUAAUAAUCGGUGGAUUGUUCCCAGGUAUUCAAUACCGGGUAGAGGUUGCAGCUAGUACCAGUGCAGGGGUUGGAGUAAAAAGUGAGCCGCAGCCAAUAAUCAUCGGGAGACGCAAUGAAGUUGUCAUUACUGAAAACAAUAACAGCAUAACUGAGCAAAUCACUGACGUGGUGAAGCAACCGGCCUUUAUUGCUGGUAUUGGUGGUGCCUGCUGGGUAAUUUUGAUGGGUUUUAGCAUAUGGUUGUAUUGGAGAAGAAAGAAGAGGAAGGGACUCAGUAACUAUGCUGUUACGUUUCAAAGAGGAGAUGGAGGACUAAUGACCAACGGAAGCCGUCCAGGUCUUCUAAAUGCUGGUGAUCCCAGCUAUCCAUGGCUUGCUGAUUCUUGGCCAGCCACAAGCUUGCCAGUAAAUAAUAGUAAUAGUGGCCCAAAUGAUAUUGGAAAUUUUGGCCGUGGAGAUGUGCUGCCACCAGUUCCAGGCCAAGGGGAUAAAACAGCAACGAUGCUCUCGGAUGGAGCCAUUUACAGCAGCAUUGACUUCACUACCAAAACCACUUACAACAGUUCCAGCCAGAUAACACAGGCCACCCCAUAUGCCACGACGCAGAUCUUGCAUUCCAACAGCAUACAUGAAUUGGCUGUCGAUCUGCCUGAUCCACAGUGGAAAAGCUCAAUUCAGCAAAAAACAGAUCUGAUGGGAUUCGGUUAUUCUCUACCUGAUCAGAACAAAGGUAACAACGCCUUACUUUACAUUCCUGACUACCGAUUGGCUGAGGGAUUGUCUAAUAGAAUGCCACACAACCAGUCUCAGGAUUUCAGCACCACCAGCUCUCACAACAGCUCAGAAAGGAGUGGCAGUCUCUCAGGUGGGAAAGGUGGAAAAAAGAAGAAAAAUAAAAACUCUUCUAAACCACAGAAAAACAAUGGAUCCACUUGGGCCAAUGUCCCUCUACCUCCUCCCCCAGUGCAGCCCCUUCCUGGUACAGAGCUGGAACACUAUGCGGCAGAACAACAAGAAAAUGGCUAUGACAGUGAUAGCUGGUGCCCACCAUUGCCAGUACAAACUUACUUACAUCAGGGUCUGGAAGAUGAACUGGAAGAAGAUGAUGAUAGGGUCCCAACACCUCCUGUCCGAGGCGUGGCUUCUUCUCCUGCUAUCUCCUUUGGACAGCAGUCCACUGCAACUCUUACUCCAUCCCCACGGGAAGAGAUGCAACCCAUGCUGCAGGCUCACCUGGAUGAGUUGACAAGAGCCUAUCAGUUUGAUAUAGCAAAACAAACAUGGCACAUUCAAAGCAAUAAUCAACCUCCACAGCCUCCGGUUCCACCGUUAGGUUAUGUGUCCGGAGCCUUGAUUUCUGAUUUGGAGACAGAUGUUCCAGAUGAUGAUGCUGACGACGAAGAGGAAGCUUUAGAAAUCCCCAGGCCCCUGAGAGCGCUGGACCAGACUCCUGGAUCCAGUAUGGACAAUCUAGACAGCUCGGUGACAGGAAAAGCCUUUACCUCCUCUCAAAGACCUCGACCUACCAGCCCAUUUUCUACUGACAGUAACACCAGUGCAGCCGUGAGUCAAAGUCAGAGGCCUCGGCCCACUAAGAAACACAAGGGAGGGCGGAUGGACCAACAACCAGCAUUGCCUCAUCGAAGGGAAGGAAUGACAGAUGAUCUUCCACCACCACCAGAUCCCCCGCCAGGUCAGGGUCUCAGGCAGCAGAUAGGCUCGAGCCAGCAGGCUGGUAACGUGGAAAACUCAACAGAGAGAAAAGGAAGCUCUCUGGAGAGACAACACGCAUCCGCCCUGGAAGACACAAAGAGCUCACUGGAUGGUCCAGCUAGAACCUCCCUAGAGUGGCAGCGGCAAACCCAGGAACGGAUAAGCUCCACAGAACGACAGGAAGAGACACGGAAAGCCCCACACAGACAAGGGGUCGGAUCAGAGGAGGCCUUGGUGCCCUAUAGCAAGCCCAGUUUCCCAUCUCCAGGCGGCCACAGCUCAUCAGGCACAGCUUCUUCUAAGGGAUCCACUGGACCUAGGAAAGCUGAGGUGUUGAGAGCAGGCCACCAGCGCAAUGCCAGCGACCUUCUUGACAUAGGAUACAUGGGCUCCAACAGUCAAGGACAGUUUACAGGUGAAUUAUAGUAACUGAGAGGAGACAUACAAAGCUGCUCUGAAGGACCAUCAGGUCCGAACUCAUGGAAGUGAUGACACUAAACAGUGCAAUGAACAAUUUCUUUAUUUAUGUACUAUUAAAAGAACUGUAAAUGCAAUGUAAAGACACACAGCCACACAUAUCCCACAGAUAUUUUAAUUGUGUUCUUCUCUUAAGUACACCACCCACCUUAACUCUUUCUUGUCAGGAGUAUAUAAAAAAGAAAGAAAACAAAACUCGCCCUACAGGAAGAAAAGGAUUUUCCUCUGUAUAUAAUUUCUUUUGUGCAUUGCUAUGCAAGCUCACUCUUUUUAGCUCUGUUCAUAUUAUUGUCUGUUCUUAUUGGUCUGUUGUACUAUAUGUGAAUUAAUAGGCUGUGGUGCCAUAUAUUAACUUUUAAUUGUGUAACUUUUAUGUUUAAAUUUUGCACUGCAAUUUUAUUUGGUGAUAAGCACAAGUCUCUACUCCUCGUGACAUGAAGAAAAAGACUGAAUGUGAAGGGAGUUUCUGUACUGUAAGCUAGAUUGGAUAAUGAUGGUUGUAACAAAUCAUGUUAGAUGGUUUUCAGUUGGGGCGUAGAAAUAGGAAGAUGCAAAGGAACAAUGGUGUUGGCAAAGUCUUCUUUGAAUAUCAGGGACUGAGUCAAUAAAAAAUAGUAGAAAGGUGGCUUUUACUAUUGACAAAAGCAGGGGUCAAAAAAAGUAGUUUGUCUUAAGACUGAAUAUGCAUUAAAGUAUGCAGGUAGCAAAGAUGUAAUAAAUUUGCUUAAAAAAAGAAAUUAAAGUUUUAUUUAGAAUCCAUUUUGCCUGUCAUUGUAAUUGACCCAUCUGAGAAUUACAAUAAGCAAGAGGAAAUUAAGGUGUUUUGCAAGAGCUGUAUUUAUAUUACAGUUUUUUAAAAACAUUUUCUGAAUUAUCAUAAUUAAGCUCUCCAACUCAUUAAGUCAGAAUAUAAUAUGAAGUUCCCCAAGGAAAUGAACAAAAUGAACUCUAGAAUAUCUAGCAAAUAGUUAAAGAAGCAAUUUAUUAUUAGGGCAUACUCGGGCUGUUUCCAAAUAUAAACUCUAUUGCAAUAUCUUAUUUCAUCUUUCUAAUACAUGUACAGUACACACUAGAGGAUAGAGCUGCAUCACUUAAAUUCAUGACUUAAAAAAUAAUACAGUCUAUAUACAAUUUGUGUUUUAUUUGAUUAAGAAGUGAAGUUUAUGCCACCCAAUGUAUAGCCAAAUUGUACGUGCUUAAAAAGCAGUGCUGAGAGUAUGUUCAGUUCACAGUAAGUAGAUUUAUUGGAAUAAAUAUUUUGUGGUACAUCCUCAGAAAUUGGCUUCCGACUAAAAUACGUUUGACCCAUUUUGAAUAAGGGAAUUGAAAAGAAAAGUUUAAAAGGAGAAAAAAAAUGCAUGUUUAUAAACUUUUUAAAUAAAACCAGACCUUGUAAGUGGACAUUAAUAAUUGUCCUGCCUCAUUUGUUUUCAUGACUUUGACAACAAGAAGUUCCUGGACAUUGGUCAUGUAUGCUCAGAAUAAAUGUGACUUUGAAAUAUGUGUUAGCUACUGUACAUGUAUAGUCAGUCAAGUAGAAGAGGACCUUCCUGAAAUUCCCACUUGUGACAUUUUCCCAUGUGUUUCCUACACAAUCUUAAAUUUUAUUUCUGUCUAUACUUUCUCAAAUUUUUCCUAUGAUAAGUUCAGUUGUUGGUACUAUUCUAAAAAUGUUCAACGUAAUUAGGAUCAGUUCUAAAAUAUGGGACCCUUCUGAGUGACAAUUCGCACUCCAUGCAUUAUUGGCUCAGUAACCAAUUUAUGUCAUGUCGUUAUAACAAAGGGAUGACAUGAUUAAAUAUUUCCGUCUUUUUUAUUCCCUGAGACUGCAUCAGCACAGGCAAGUAGAGAACGUAAUGUUCUUCAUGGGCCCCACCAGCUUUAUGGUACCAUGUAAUUUAUUUCUUCACUGAAGAGAAAAGGAAUUCUGAGACACAGUUAUUAAACCCUUUAUCAACUUUCUACCAUCAGUGCCUGAAUUCUAAUGCAGUGGGAUUUCUCUGGGACAAAGAGACUGAGGAAGAUGAAAAGUUUCUGCCAAGAGUGAAUACAUACUUAUUCACAGCUCUAGGAUGUGAGGACUGUAAAGAUCUCUUUAUGCAGUUCCCUACUUAACCUCUUUCUAUUUAAAGGCAAACAAAUUUUGAAGAGGUUUUGUGUUCCCUCUUUGUGUUUCUCUAUGACCCAGUGUAGUCUAAAACCUGAGUUCAUUACAUAUAGAACACAUAGCCUUUGAUCCCUGGUAACUGGCAGGUGUAGGCGAUUAAUAAACCAAGGCUUCAAAGUGAAGUAUGCAUAUGCAGAUGACUUUUGGAAUAAUGUGGGCAUAGCAUCAUACCUUCCUGAUUGUCUUCAGCAUCUAAAAAUUAACUGUUACAGUUAAAAUUCUGUCAGUGCAGACCUUGUGGUUACUUGGAAUGUUCUUUUAGACUCGUCCAUGUUGCCUAUUACACCUAGUUUUAAACACAUUGGGCAGUCACAUUAUGCACUCAAAAUAUCACCCUCAGGUAGAUUGAGGGCAAGAUGAAAUGCUGUAGCUAUACAAAGGAAUUCAGAAACAUUAUUAGAAAUCAAAAGCCUUUGUCAACUUGCUACAUGUAAAAAGCUACUAAUCAGUGUAGUCAGAUGUCAACAGAAAAAUACAAAUACCUAUGAGAGCCACAGCAGUUUUUCAUUUCAUAGCCGAUUCAAUGAAUGUGAUUAGAAAUUCACUGAGCUCACUCUUACAGGUCUACACGGAGGCCUGCAUAAGGACUGCAAAAGGAAAUCUGGGUGGGAGAGAAUGUAAUCUGAUCUUGCACUCAUAGGCAAUGCUGCUAUGUAGUCAUGCCCAACACAAGCACAUCUUCAUUCGUAACAGGAAAAGUCUUCCUUGGGAAAAUAGCUGUAUUGGUGCCCAAACUCAGGUAUGCCAGUGUAUGCAGGUGGAGUCGCCCUACCCCUCUUCCAGACAUGUUCUAUGAGACUUUUAAAAUAAGGUGGGAUAGUACAGGGGCAGGAAAAGAAUUGAUUCCGUCACAGGAUUUGAAUUCAGUUCUACGGAGAAUGUAGAAAAUUCAAAACCAACGUACAAGGUAUCACACAACCAAGAAAAGUAAAACCAUUGCAAGUUUACUUGCUUUCAGUACAAAACAGAUUUAAUGGUGUUCUAUAUCAUAGUUUAAUGCUCUCAGUAUUUAAAGAUGUUUUCAACAGGAUUUGAAUUGCAAGUCUGUAAUGUGCUUUGAUGGAACACCACCCAAUUUCUAUUCAAUACAUUUAUGUAAUUGUCCAUUGACAAUCUAAUGAUAACAGUACCAUUGAACUCUAAACUGUGGUUUAUCUUCGCUACUGGGAAGCAAGUGUGCAUCCGUAUUAAAGAUAUGCAGAGACAUAACGUUCACUAAUUUGUUCAUCUGCUUCUGUCUAUUGUUUAUGGAAUUACAUGGCAAGAACUGUU